GUCACUGGCUUUGAUCACGUAUAAAGACUCUUGCUGCCUCCUGGUCUCAAUCUGUUGUCCAGGAGCCUCCGCUGUCGGCCGCACCGUCCUUCAACUCUACGACCAUCUGUUCACAGAAAUGGCCUUCGCUGUGACUGUCCAACCUGGGAAAUACCAACCCUCUGAGUUCCAGACCAGCCUGUGCAAUGUCUGCAGUGACUGUUCAACCUGCUGCUAUGGUUUCUGGUGCUUCCCAUGCCUGGGCUGCAGCAUCGCCAGUGCCAUGGACGAGUGCUGCAUGUGUGGCAACACCAUGGCCAUGCGCAGCGUCUACAGGACCAAGUACAACAUCAAAGGUUCAAUGUGUAACGACUUUAUGGUCUCCUGGUGUUGUCAAUGGUGCUCAAGCUGCCAACUGAUGAGAGAUAUCGACCGCAGAAAGGAGCAAGGCAUUUUCUGAGUGGAUGCUGUUGUGCCACUGCGGAAACACCUAGAGUGCGAUUCCUUGAUUCAAUCCACUGCUUCUGAUCCAUAAUCCCACAGUGUAUUAUUCAAAUAAAUCAAUCUGUAAUUGAA